GCAAAAAUGGUGGUGCUAGAAAUGGAAGGCACUGGGGUUUCAGAAAACGACAGCGAUCUCGAAAUGGAAACCGAAACACCUCCGCUGGAUCAGCUGGUCGGAUUGGAUGUGGUGCAGCAUUUGAAACCGAAAGAAAGAAACCGGCAAGAAGCUAUUAAAGCUACAGUCAAGCAAACAAUCAACGCUGUGGAAGAAGAGCGGUAUGUUCCACGAGCUAUUGGCAGUGAACAAGCGCAGAUGGUGGUGCUAGAAAUGAAAGCCACUGGAGUUUCGGAAAACGACAGCGAUCUCGAAAUGGAAACCGAAACACCUCCGCUGGAUCAGCUGGUCGGAUUGGAUGUGGUGCAGCAUUUGAAACCGAAGGAAAGAAACCGGCAAGAAGCUAUUAAAGAACUGUUCCACGCAGAGUAUACACAUGUACGAAAUUUGAAAGUGCUGUCUGGAAUAUUCCAUAUGCCUGCGUCGUGGAAUAACGUGGUGUCGCCGGAUGUAACGCAACUGCUCUUCGCAAACCUCGACGGAGUUAUUGAGAUCCACAUGGGGUGGUCACCUCAAAUUCCGAGACAACCAAAGAAACUAAAAUUCGUACGAGGACUAGAUGUUUUCUCUAAGUAUUCCGUCAUCAUAUUCUCGACUGAAAUGCACGAUCUUCUUGCGCAGCCAAUUCCAAAUCGUCACGCGCCUGUCGUCAACCCGGAGGCGUAA